AUGGGAACUGAAAACGAAAUUGAAGUGACGUCACAGACCAACCUUCGCUACACACUCACUAAUGGUAAACUGACGUUUGCCAGGCCCGAUCCGGAUUCGGACGCUGGCAAGUACCAGUGCGUGGCCGAGAACACGGUUGGGUCGAUAAUAGGUCCACCGGUGGUCGUCACGGCUGGGUACUUGAAGGAAUUUGUCAACUUGAAGCCAGGGGCAGUGAGGGCGAAACUCUUCCAGGGAACAUACAUCACUUGUAACACGCCGAAUUUUAAUCCAAAGGUGUAUUACCAGUGGUAUAAGAAUGAUAUCGCUCACUUCAUACGUCCAACUCUCAACCCGCACACGUUUAUUUCCGAAAAUGGCCGAGUGUACAUCUCGGAAGUGCAGAAGUCGGACGAGGGCGAGUACCACUGUAUUGUGACGCUCACGGCGCCAUACGGAGAGAAGCUGGCCACGACGCAACCCCCAAGCAGAAACAGUCUAGGCAUCGGCUUAAUCGUGGAAGGCGAAAAUGCAAAUGAUUAUGGUCCGGAUAUUCACGAUGAUUUCCCAGCUGUUUUCCCAAGCCCUCCAGAACGAGGGCGAGAAAUUCGGAUUGAAUGUUUCGCAUAUGGCAAACUACCGCUGUACUACUCCUGGCAGAAGGUGAACGGAAGUCUGCCCCUGGGGGUGAGAUUUGAAAAUCUGAACCGGGUGCUCGUUAUUCCCAGGGCCAGACUGGAGGACAGUGGGGUGUACCGGUGCCACGUCAAACGCGGGGGUGCAGCAGCCACGAAAGACAUCUCCGUGACGAUUGCCUCUCGUCCAUACUUUCUGUUUCCUUUAAUGGACAAGUAUAUCGAUAUGAACAGUCAGCUCACGUUGAGAUGUGAAGCGGUCGCUGUUCCGCGCGCCACAUAUACGUGGUACAAGAACUCACUUCCGCUGAUGUCACUUCCUGGUGAUGUAGAAAUCUACCGAAAUACACUGAUCAUCAGACAGGCGAAUCCUGAGCGGCACAACGGAAUGUACCAGUGCAUGGCGGAAAACAGAUAUGGGAAAACUUUGAGUGGCGCUGAGCUCAAAGUACUUAGAUUUAAGCCUUCAUUUGACAAAUACCCGCUCUCUGACGCUCUGAUGGGAACCGUUAAUGGAAACAUCACCAUCAAGUGCCUGCCGGAAGCAGCUCCAACACCGGAAGUGAAGUGGUCUCACAAUGGCAGCCCUCUCGGCCUGUCGUUUGGCGCCAGUGGUCGGCUGACGCUACUGUUGAGCGGGUUUCUCGUCAUAUCUCAACUCACUCAAAGUGACGAAGGAAGCUACACGUGCACGGCGACAAACUCGGAAGGAACCGCGUCAUCGACUGGUCAUCUGUCUGUUGUCGGUCACACUGUACUGAAUGUAAAGCCGUCUAACACAGACGUCAUUGUGAACGAGACGGCGUUCAUGUUCUGUGAGGCCUCUUAUGACGUCACAAGGGUUGACGUAGUUUACAUUUGGCUCUUUGAAGACAGAAUUAUCAACAUCGACCAAGAUCCUCACUUCGUGCAAGGUAUCCGCGGUGGUGGGCGUGGCCUGUAUAUCCGUAACGCCCAGUAUAAACACGCUGGACAGUACACGUGCAUGGCUCAGACAGCUCAGAAACAUGUUGAUGCUGGGGCUAGUCUCCGUGUGUAUGGUCCGCCAGACGAGCCGGCUGGGGUGUUCGCGUACCACUUCCGCGGACAGGACGUCGACCUGAGGUGGACCCCGCCCCUCGUGACUGACCCCCACGCUGAGCCUGUGACACAGUACAGGGUGGAGGUCGCUAACAACUAUGAUGGGUGGGACAGCUGGGAGGUGGUGGCAGACUCACUAACAGACAUACAGACGUACUUGGAGGAGGAUCCGUCAAAACGAAGCACAACAAUUACUGGUCUAGGUCCGGGGACAAACUACAGAUUCAGAGUCAUAGCUAGGAAUCGUUUUGGGUGGGGUGUGCACAGCCUUCCCUCAAAAACAUACAAUCAAAAUCCCGGACCCCCUUCUAGUGCACCUCCCAGAGUAGGAGGCGGCGGGGGGAGUGUUGGUGAAAUUACGAUAGAAUGGGACCCAAUACUAGACAAGGACCAUGGAGGACGGGACGUUGGUUUCCACUACCGAGUGUUCUAUAGGAAGAUGACAGCAUCGCGAGAUGGUGUCUGGCUCACGAGUUACGUUAAAGCGUGUGAGACCGAAGCCUAUGGCGGUAAGGUGGAGGGGUGUGAGACACAGCAUGUUGGAAUUGUCGGCUUGCACAACUACUACCUGCAAUAUGAGACCAUGGUACAAGGGGUCAACGACCUCGGAGAAGGACCCAACUCCACCAUUGCCAUCAUUUACUCCGCCGAGGAAAUGCCAGUGACAGUUCCAACCAACAUCUAUUCGUAUGCUGUGAACGCGACUGCUAUCAUGGUACAGUGGGACGCUAUUCCAAACACCAGGGAGAUCAUGAAGGGGAAAAUACAGGGAUAUCAGAUAAACUGGUGGUUGGAUGACAAAAAUCAUACCUACGCACGUGCAAAGUACAUCCGUCACUAUGGUAACGUGACGCAAGGGAUCGUUAUAGGGUUGCAGCACGUCACUGACUAUUGGGUCAACGUACAGGUCUACAAUGGGGCGGGGCUUAGCAACCCCAGCGAGAACUAUUGGGUGUCUACCUACUACAAUCCGCCACAACACUACCCGUUCCACGUGGCUGUGCGUUCGCACGGUGUCGACAGUAUCUACUUGACGUGGAGGGGAAUCAGCACCGGGCAGGAUGAGGAGUCGAUUACAGGUUACACGGUCCGGUACUGGCAGAUGAAGAACCCGAUGUCGUCAGCUAUCGACAAGGUGGUAGGUAAAACAUUCUACGCCGUGUUAUCAAACUUAGAGAAAAACACCACCUACCAGGUCAGAGUUAUCGCUACAAGUCUCGGGGGUGACGGAAAGAAGAGUCCAACAGUAUACUUCACACUAGGAGGACAGAUCAGAUUAAAUAUUCUGACAACAGAGAUUUUGGCCUCGGCAAACAAGUUUAAAAUAUCUAUCAGUGCAUUGGUUCUUUGCUUAGUGAUUACUUUUUAGUGGAGAGUUAGCCCACUGAUAACAGUUAUCUUCUACAAAGCAAGUAUGGAUGCUGGUGUUUAUGAAGAGUGGGGGUGGGGGGUGGGGGGGGGGGGGCAGGGGGCAUGAAAGGAGUUGGGAUGCAAUAUGGAGAUAUUAAAAAUAGAGACUGGGCGCCAUACAAAACCCUUCAUUCCAGUGGAAGAACGUUUAUGUGACCACUGCAAUGUAAUUGAAGAUUGAAUACCAUCAUAUCAUAAUAUGUAAGAAAUAUAAUAGUCAACGUGUCAAAUUAUAUGCAUAUUUAACUUUCCAUAAUUACCUAUUUAAAAGUAUGAGUAUGCAAGAAAAAUUUAUAUAUAUUAUGCAAAACCAAAAUCCAGCCUUUGCUGGUGCGGUUUCAAAAUUUGUUCACGAUUAUACAUGUAUUGCCUAUAAUUAGUCCUUAUUUAGUCAUUUUGUUUGUUUCUUGUUUAUGCAUAUGUUUUGCAUCCAGUUCCGUUAUGUGGAAUGUUUAUAUGCAAUAAAGUUUUUUUGUUUUUUUUCAUCUUUUAUAAUAAAGAACCAGAUUAAUUGUUAUUAUCGCACUAGGAAAUCAAUAUUAGUAUAAUAAGUUCAUAGUAGAAAUGCUCAGGCAUUGGUGUAACGAACAUUAUUACUGGAUGAUUUGCUGCCUACAACAAUGACUUUGUCGGUACUAAAUAUGAUGUCAUCACAAUAUACAAAGACGUCACGUAAUUUAAAAUUUGCAUUUACGCAAAUUGUGAAAUUUGUAAUGAAAUGAUAAUUUAAUGCAAGGCAUUACAGAUCUUUUUUUGAAUAGAAUAAAUAGAACUUGGAGUUUGAAAAUAAAUUAUCUGUGAUCGUGAAUACAAAGCUACGGCAAUACUCAAAAUAGAGUGUAAUGUUGUUGACAUCGUUUUUAUUUCUAGAGGUACAAAUGUACAUGUAUUGAUAUUGAAAAUAAAAAGAGAAAGAAACUUGGUACCAGCUUAUUAACAAAUGUGUCCUUCAUGAAAUAAUUUUCAUUUGUCACACGCAAAAGCUCUUGAUAAGUGAAAAUUAUUAAGGACAUAAAUAUGAUGAUAACUGGUAACUCAUUUAUUAUUCUUUAUAUUAAAUGAUCCGUAAUGUUUGCAUUGAACUUUCUACAACUCAAGUUAUUGUCUGCAAUGCCAAAUUAUUAUUAUUUUAUUAUUAAAAUUUAUUAUAUUGUUAUCAAGACUGCACCUGUCUUACACAGUAGUUGGAAAAUAUUAAAACAGACAGCAUCUAAGGGUCUCGGGUCUCAUCACAUGUAGCUGAACCCCCCCCCCCCCCCCCCAUGCAAUAUAACACAUUUUCUUAUAUGGUAGCUUGUUGUUGUUGUUAACACCUUAUUUCAAUACAUGAAAUGCCAUUUUAAACCCCCAACUCUCACCACUGGCAUAGCCAGGAUUUUAGGGGGAUAACCCACAAUGUAUGUAUGUAUGUAUGUAUGCAUGUAUGAUUUUAUCAAAUUUAAUACGGUUAAAAAAAAAAGUUUGAUUCGGGGGGUGGGGGGCAUGACCCAUGCCCACCCACCCCCUCCUCACUACGCCACUGCCUCUCACUGAGCCAGAAUUCUCAUCACGUCAUGCAAACUUGAAAGUCACUUAGGGGCGGCGUCGUAUACAACUCGGUUAUCACAUAAAUUUACUUGCAUGCUUAUUUCACACUUUCGAUAUUUUGAUUGACAGCAAAUAUUCAUACUGUCACACUUGGGAUUACUGGCUGUCAGUCAAAACAUUUUAAGUGUGCAAAUAACCAUGCAUACCACUUUGGGGUUUAUUCAUAAACACAUAACAUGUUCAUAUGGUCAUCACCCAUGUAUUUUUGCAGUCAUUGUAAUAUGCGUUAUGAUGUACAUAACUGUGUGUGUGUGUGGGGGGGGGGGGGGGUGGGGUGUGUGUGUGUGUGUAUUCGACUCUAGUAAUAUAUUUCACUGUGUCAAAAUACAAAUAUUUCACUGUUAAGGAACAAUGUAUUUUUUUCUUCAAUUAAAUAAUUUUUGAACAGCCAUCAAAAUACAAUGUAUUUUAUGGUCGUUGUAGUAUGUUUAGUUUAUGGUCAUACUUAUAAAUAAUAUAUUGCUU